UCCUGCCUCAUCUGUUGCGAAGCUGCGGGAGAGGAGUGAGCCCGUGCAUCCUGCGAGACGAAACAGACGAAACUUUGUGUGAACCUUCGCAGUAUGAGCAGGGAAACGCACUGAAAAGUAGCAAAUGCGUCUACUGCGCUGUUACUGGGAGAACCCUACGGAUUACACACAGGCUGCAUUUUAAACCCGCGCUUUCUCAUGCGUUAAAACAUCUGGUUCCUGGACCAUGCCCGGACUCUCCUGCCUGCUUAACUAUCGCGUUUUAUGAUAAGUUGAGGGUUUUUUUUGGGGUAGAUUUAGAGUGAUAAGGGUUUUGAUGACCUUUUUUAUGCAACUUUUGAGGGCUGCAGACUGAAAAAGAAAGAGUUGUGUCAGAGAUCCUGAGACGCACCGAGGAUUUUGGAGACUGGAAGACAUGAGACUGUUUGUCAUCUGCGCGUUUCUGCUGUUUAAACUCACUCUUGGAGAUGCCUGUGCCAGUAACCAGUUCACUGAGUCAGGGCAGUGCUGCAGUCUGUGUCCUGCUGGCUUUGGAGUGGAGGUACAAUGUGGGAAAGAGGAUACCAAGUGCGCACAUUGCCCAACGGGAACAUUUUCCUCAUCUGAAGGCCUCGGCCCUUGCCUUCCCUGCGCCAAGUGCCCACUAAGUGUCCCCAUGGUGGCCUCUUGCUCUGCGAGUCAAGACACACAAUGCGAAUGUGACAGCGGCUUCUUCUUUUUGAGCACCCACGGCCUGUGUGCGCCUUGCUCCAAAUGCAACCGUGGUGAAGGUGCUACCCAGGAGUGCGGCCUAAAGGGAGACAGUAUGUGCCACAUCUGUGGCCCGGGAACAUUUUCUGAGGAGCACGCCAGCACCAAACCUUGCCAGACCUGCACCCAGUGCUCUGACAGCGAGGUGGAGAUCCGAGCCUGUAUGCCCAACUCUGACACGCUCUGCAUGGAUAAGAAGCUGCACAUUCUGUCUCGUCCCGCCGAGUCUGAUGGGCCUCGUAACACUCCUCGCUUACCAGCAGUAGAAGAGAUGAUGGAGGAAGGGGAGACCAGUCCUGCCCCUGGAACGCCCAAGUUUACCCCACAGGAUGAGGGUGGCAGCAACAACAUUCUGGCUUACGUGUCUGUUCUGGCUGCCGUGGUGCUUGGUCUGCUUAUUUAUGUGGCUUAUAAAUGCUGGAGAUCGUGUAAACAGAAGAAAGCUCUCUCUAAGGCCCGUGCGGCUGAGUUGGGAUCAUCUCCAGAGGGAGAAAAGCUCCAAAGCGACAGCGGCGUUUUUCUGGAUUCUCACAGCCUACAGGACAACCAGCCCAGCAAAGGGACCAAGAGGGACAGCAAGCAGGACAAUCGUCUGUACAUCAACCUACCCCCCCACAGACAGGAAGAGGUGGAGUGCCUCCUGCAGGAGGGAGGGGGCCGGGGGUGGAGGCAGCUGGGCGCAGCGCUGGGCUACGAGUCUGAACAGCUAGACCUGUUUGGGCGCGGAGAGGCCCCCGCUCACACACUCCUCUCUAACUGGACCCAGAAAGAAGGCUCCACUCUGGGACUGCUGUGUUCUGCUCUGGCCCGCAUCGAGAGGCCUGACGUGGUGACGGUUCUUAACUGCCCCGCGCAGGGUGUUUCUGUGGUGUGAAAGCUUUUCAGACACACGUGUGACAGUCACAGACUCAAGUGAAGAACUUUGAUUGAAAUGACAAGGGAGGCACUCUUCGUAUCAACAUCUGUCACUGUUGGAGACUGCCACUGACAGUUCUUAUUGCUUUGAUGGACACUUAUUAUCUUUUUUUUUACUAAGACAACAAAAAAUAUUCUAAUAACACUUUACCCCAGUUUAUUUCACUAUUUGAUUUUACAUGACUCCAACUGCAUGAGAGAUUCUCCUGCGAUGUGUCUGUUAUCGCUACAGAGCUGGAUCACCAGUAACUAGGGGAAAUGAAAAUACUUACACUGAAUAUAAUACAAUGACUGAAUAUACACUAUGUUGCAGCCAGUUUUCUGUUCUUGUUAAGCCUCAGUCACGUGCUUAAUGGGCACUGUGGGAUCCUGGCCAGAUUGCAUUAGACUAAUAGUGACAUCCACAUACACUACAAGUGGCAGGAAGCGGAAUAAUGUGUUUACAAGUGCUGCAUGAGUGUGAUGUUUCAAAAACCACUGUUUACUUGAUAUUUGGACAGUAAUCAGAUUUGUCCCCUGCUCCAUCAGAAGGAAAUAUUCCCUCCGUGUGAUAUUACAUGAAAAACAAUCAUGGACGGCUUAGAUCAUUAUGUUUCUAGUCUGGCAAGCCUCGUUUUAUGAAUCACGACUUCAGCAGCAACUUUGGUAUUGCUGUUGAUUUUUGCCAAAAGGAGAUGGUUUCUUCCAACAACACUGCUUUAGAAUAUGAUGGGACUUUCCCGAUGUGGGUUCAUUUUCAUGUACAUGUGCACGGUUUAAAAAAAAAAAAUAAUAAUUAGACAAAAACCCAACCAAGAGUUUACAUGGCCAAGUGAUCAGAUUUCUCUAGUAGAAAUUGAGGGUCAAAUCUUUCUUAACCAUCCCAAUGAUGCUUUCAGUUGUUAUUUUCUUUAUAAGAACACUUUAACUAUUGUGUAGAUACUCACUAGGCUAUUUUUUUUAAUUUGUCGCCCCGUUCUGUUGUUUUUUCUUCUUUUUCCUGCUGCAGCCACGAAGUAGCCUUGGUAUUUAUUUACACUGAGGAUAUAUUAUGCACCAGUGAUGUUUCAAAUCUCAUCAGAGGACGUAUAUGAAUACGUAUAUAAAAACACCUUUCUUAGCUCUUCCUAAUAAUCACCUAUGAUUGUAAAUAUCUUAAAUAUUGAUUUGUUUUGAUAAGUCAUGGCUUAAAGUGAGAUCAUUUAUGAACUGUGAAGAUAGAAGAAAAGGAAUAGAAAUGAAUCUAUUCUUCUUACACAGCUCUAUUUCUGUCAAAAUAAUUUCUUGUAUUAGACAGAAACAAAAACAAACCAAAGACACCAUUAAUAUCAGCCCUUGUGUCCAUCUUGCUUUUGUAUUUAUUUUACCACUAUUUCAAGUCUAAAUCUAAAUAAAAUCUUUGAGAACAUCAGCGAUGUGGUAGUUACACUAUGAGACGGCCUCAAAUGGUUUGAUAUUUUUUUACGCCAGCCAUGUAUGGUUUUGUGUAUAUAUUUCCUAAUGGUAUGCCUCUGUGUUUUUGUAAGAGUUUUAUUCAUUUAAUAAAUAACUUUGAUAAGUCAA